UACGUGUCCUAAGGAUGAACAGAGUUGUUUUUGGGGUGUCUCCCAGCCUCUUUCUGCUCGCUGCCACCAUAAGGAAACAUCUCAAACGGUUUGAAACAGAACAACCAAAGGUGGCGGAAACACUCAGAGACUCGCUGUAUGUUGAUGACUUCAUUUCAAGUUCACCUUGUGUGGGAGAGGCUCUACAUGUGACUACAGCAGCAAAGAACAUUCUUUCACAGGCUGGCAUGAACCUAUGCAAAUGGGUUACCAACUCACCUGACUUGAGAAGCAUGUGGAAAGAAAAUGGAGUGGAGCUCACAGGAGAGACGGAGUCCUGUGGAAAUGUGCUCAAGGUUCUAGGGCUCAUUUGGAGACCGGACAAAGAUGAUUUUGUGUUUGAUCAAAAGGGAUUAAUGGACAUCUUAAAGGACAAUGAAAACACAAAACGAAGUGUAUUGAAGACAGCAGCCCGCAUAUUUGACCCCAUUGGCUUUCUCACUCCCUUCACGGUUAGAGUGAAGUGUCUUUUCCAAGAAAUGUGGGAGAGAGGACUUGGUUGGGAUGAACCAUUACCCACUGACUUGACUGAGAAAUGGGAGCAGUGAUGUGCAGAGCUACCACUACUCCACCGGGUGGCCAUUCC